AUGUGCUCCUUGCAUGCACCGUUGAUCAAGCUUGAUGGCACUAAGGCACUAUGUUCAGCUCAGAGGGCUCGCCGGCCCAAGGGACUUGAACUCAGCGCACCUGGCAAACCCGGCGUCAAGGAGGCGCUAGGCCAACUUAAACAAGGGCUCGCCGGUAAGCCCACCGUGGACCCAGCCUACCUUGCUGGGGCUGCCUAUCUGAAAACCAUUGGUUUCACCAACCAGGCGGAGGUUGCACGGGUAUUGGAUGUCGCUAUGAACCCGGAUUCACUUUUUCUGUCGUACGGGGACGGCCGGCGAACGAAGAACGCAAGCGCUCGGAAGCUAGACGUGGAUGCCGACAUGCGCCCCGUGGUGGAUUUCCUGCUGUCGCGGGGUGUUUCCGUGGGGGAGAUUGCCAAGGUCAUCAGUGGCCACCCCCCUGUUCUGAGCUACAGCGUACCGGACAGAUUAGAGCCCUUCUGGGACUAUCUCACGAGCGUCGGAGUUGCGAACGUGGCACAGGCUGUAAUAAAUCGGCCGUCGCUUUUGGGGUUGGAGGUGGACGCGAAUCUUCGGAAAAUCGUGGAGUAUCUGCAGUACACGGAGACGCCCCCGGAGACGAUAGUUAAAUACGUGUUGGAGUCAAUUUAA